AUGCCCAAAAAUUCCAAAUCUCCUGCCAAAACGAAAACACCCAGAAAGAGCAAAUCAGGCAGCGUGCGAAAACAGCCUUUAAAUUUUGUGAUGAAAGGAAGCGAUGAUGAAAAUAAGAAUAAUACACCAUUUCAAGGUGGAGGAGUAGUAUCAUCCGAAGCUAUUCCGAUUACUAGUAGUAAUAGCAGUCAUGACGAUGAUGCGCUUAAUAGUGAUGAUGUGAUGAUCAUUCACGAACCAUCAUCUAGUGAGAAAUUAAACACGAUUGAUAUUGAUCAACAACAACAACCAGAAAUUCAUAAUGAUCAUAGUCAUACCUCAUCGACGACGAGUCGUAAUAAUUCCAUUUCCACUCCUCUUCAUUCAUCUCCUAAGAAACGAAAUCAUUCUUCGACAACCAAACAACAACAGCAGCAUACAAUCACGAAUUUCUUUUCAUCACCAUCUUCUUCUUCUUCUGUACAAAAGAAAAGUGUGGAUGAUGUAGAAUUGUUAAAUUCUCAGGCAUAUUUUCCUACUGAAUUAUUGGCAAAUUCAACAAUGCUGUCUCAAAACUCAACAGAUUUUCAAGGUAUGCAACAAGAGGAUACAUUCUCCAUUCCAAGCUUAUCUCAAUCGUCUAAACAAAAUACUCCUCCUAAAUUAACAACAACCCUCACAUUCAAACAAAAACCAUCACCAAACAAUCAUUCUACAUUGACAUCGCCAGCAGUCACAACAAACGACACAUCAUCGUCAAUGGUGACACCCAAAAAACCUGUCAAGACAUUAAAAAUGAAAGAUGACACUACUUCCUCGAAAAGCAAGAAGAAAAACGAGUCCACCAAACGAAAGAGAAGUGAAAUACCACAUGUCGAAAGCAUCAACAGCUCAGACAGCAGCGAAGAAAAUCAACAGUUUGUCUCGACCAAGAACAAAAACACAGAUGAAAUUGUUGGCAGUGUCGCUUCCAUAUUUUUGACAAAGGAACAAAAGAAAAGGAAAAAGGAACUACAAGUUCAAAGUGAGCAUCAAAAAAAUCAAGAAAAACGAAAGGAAUUGAAUGAAUUAUUUUGUAAAGGUUCAGGCGAACAUCCCUUAAUGGCAUUUCAGAGAGAACAAAAAAAAGUACAAAAAGAAGCUAAAAAAACGACUCAUGCUGAGGAUCAUGACUUUUGGCAAGGUGUAAAACCAAUCACCUGUAAUGUGACAACACAAGCUUUGAAACAUUUUGGAAAUUGUCAACAUGUGAAUUACGUAAAUAAGAUUUCCGUGGAAUGCUUGUGUACGACGAGUAAUAGCAACACAAUGAUUAAUAUUGACGACCUUCUUCCAGAAGACGAUAGCAAUGAAAUAUCUACUACCUAUGAAAACACUCAAAUAAUUCCACUAUUGAACAAAUUAACAUCAGCAUCCAUUGAGCAACCUAAAUCAAGUAGAACAUUUGAAAAGAAAGUCCAUGACUUGAGCACAGAAAACACCUUAGCCACGGAGAACAAGCUACCACAGAUUGAGAAAGCUGUGGAGAUUUUGUAUCCCAAAUCAAUGUGGAACACAGAGAAACAUCGUUUCACAACUGAAUUCAAAAAUCUUGAAGAAAAGAAAUGGAGAAAAGCUAAAGCUCUCCAAGAACAACAACAGAAACUCCAACCAAUAGAUCUUGACGCUGAAAAUUCAAUGGAAAGCUCCAAUAGCAAUAGCGGUUUUGAAAGACGAGAGGCACGACGUGAAAAUCUCUCUGAAGAUUUAUGGUUUGUCAAAUACAGACCUACUCAUUCCAAACAGGUCAUUUGUAGAAAUUCAGAAGCCAAUGAACAAAUUCAUGAAUGGCUCGAGUCAUGGAAGAACAUGUUAAGCUCAUCAAAACCAUCUUUGAAACAAUCCAAACGCACCAAAAAGAGAAAACCAAAAGAAGAAGAAGCUAGAAGAAAAAGCAAAAAAGAAAAGGAAUUUUUCGAUGCCUUCACGGAUGACGAAGAGGAAAAUGAUUUGGAAAAUUGUCUCAUUAUUUAUGGUCCCAAUUCUGGAAAGACUGCUUCUGUGAGUGCAAAUGCCACUGAACUUGGAUUUGCAGAGUUAGGAUUGGAUGCCUCGAAGGAACGAACCAGUAAGAGUGUCACCGAGUUGAAAGAAACCACGCAAUCACGUGGCCUACGAGAAUCUCACGAAACAAUUAUCGUCAUUGAGGAUGCAGAUGUCACUUUUAAAGAAGAAUCCUAUUCAUCGUUUGUGAAUGGUGUUGAAAAAUUGGUAAAAACAUCCAAACGACCGAUUAUUCUCGUUGCAGAUCAUUUGAAAAGUGAUUCCCCACUGAAAUCAUUUUGUAAGAAGUCCAUUUGUUUUUUAAACGAGAAACCCUAUUUGAAUCAUAGCAUUGACAAAGAUACGAUCGAUCAACAUUGUAAAUACUUGCUGGAUGUGACAUGCUACAUCUAUUCGAUAUGUCUAUGUGAAGGACUUUCUGUAGAUUUAGAGAGAGACAUUCUACCAGUCACCGCAUACUUUUUAGGAGACUUAAAGAAAAUACUUUUAAUGCUUCAAUUUUGGCUUUGUCACGUUCAAUAUCAUGACACAUUAAUGAAUGAAAGACCAAGUCUAUUGGAAGUGAUUUUAGGAUUGAAUCGACUUGAAAAUUAUAGUACUACUAUUACAUCAUUUCGUCAUGCUGAAGACGAUUUUGAAUUAAUGGAUCAAUUGGAUCUGCCGUUCAAUAAUUAUUUAUAUAAUGGAAAUGCAGAUUCAAAGAGAAUUCCUGCAGAUUUUAUUUCUCUCUUGUCACAUGCUGACACGGUACGAAACUAUCAUGACCAACUCUCUUGCAAUAUUUAUUCGACACUGGAAAUUUUAUCCAUUCAUACAUUGCUUCCAAACAAACGACUUCAAUCCAAUGCAACAACAAUACAAAGGCCAUCAAGUGAAAGUAACAAUGAUAACGUGUCUUCUUCCAUCAUUAUUGAACGCAUAAUUGAUCCGUCCAUGAUCCCAAUAAUCAGAAACAAUGGUGAGAAUAUGACGCUUACUACGCAAAAUAUUCUAUUUAAAUUCAAAAAGCAAUGCUUUGAGUCGUACAUGAACUCUGUGAUACAACAUGUCAUUUUCACACCGAAAGAAGAUCAACUGGUCAUACCAAGUGUCUAUCUCCUUAAGAAGGAACAUAGUGUACUGUUGCAGCAUGUAUUUACACUGUGCAACUUGGAAGAAAAUAGAAGAACCGAAGGACGUACGAGAAGAUUCUUUCACUACCUCAAAGAUUUGCUGGAAAGUCAUAUUGAGACGUUAGACAAGCUAGCAAAACCGUUCAAGAUUAAGGGUAUUGAAAAUUCCAAACGCAUGGAUGAUGACGAAGAUGAUGAUGACGUUUAA